AUGAUCGCAUCUUCACUGCUCGGAGUAACCGGAGCGAUACUCAUAUACGCUUCCGCGGGACAUAUUGUCUUCUACAUGGCAGUCUUGGCAUUCUUUAUCAUGAUGACGCAAGCCUCGUUCAACGACCUGCUAUGCGAAGGCGCUUAUACGCGCCGAAUGGCCGAAAAACCCGAGACGGGUGCAGCCCUGACGUCCUACGUCUGGCUAUGCUCCUGCCUUGGAAGCCUACUAGCAGCAGUAUGGGUCGGCCCCAUCAUCGAUUAUGUCUCCUUUCGCGUCGUCCUCAUACCCUUUCUCUUCCUCACUUCCCAACAACUCUUUGCCACUGCCUGGCCAUGGCCUUUCAAGAAAUGGAGAGAACACGGCGGUUUACUGCAAGAACAGUACGUCCCAGUCGGCUCUCGAAUCAUGACCGAGAAGUUUCGGCAGCACCGGAGGCUCUUUAUCUGCGCAAUAGUUUUGAGUUUACUAGCGGUGGGGUCUGUCGUAGCAGGCCUGUUUAAUGACGACCAACAGAUCAUCGGCUUCACUUACGCGCUUUUCGCUGGUUUCUCAAUGGUGGGGAUGCUAUGGUUUACGCUUCCCUUAAUGCUGUUCAAGCCGAUACUCUACUUAUUCUUAAGCCGUUUUCUACUACCGAAUAUAAGCUCGCAGGUGACAUACUGGCUCCGGAGCGGUCCGGAUUGCGUAGAGCGUGGCCCAAACUUCAGUUGGACAUUUCUUCUGACUCUAACAUCGAUUCUGCAAGCUAUCUUCGGAUUCGUUGGCGUUAUGCUCUUUCAAAAAUUCGUCAGCAAAUGGAGCUUCCGUAAAGCCUUCUGGAUAACUUCCCUUUUGACCUGUCUAACAUCAGUUUUUGACGUUAUCAUGAUAUACCGCUGGAAUAUCGACUACCUGGGGAUCCCGGACAAAGUUUGGUACUUCUGCAGUGCUGCAAUAAUUGAAGAGGUGAUUAGCAUGUGGGCUUUCAUGCCUUCGUGUGUCCUGAUUUCCCGCUUGUGUCCACGCCAGGUUGAAAGUACCAUGUACGCCGUCGUCGCUGGCGUCAACAACUUUGGAAGUUCUCUGGCCAAGUAUAUGGGCAACUUCCUUUCUGUGUACCUGUUAGGCAUAAAAACAAUGAACGAUGAGAGGGGCAGUUGCAAUUUCGAUAACCUUGGCCUUGCUGUCAUCAUAGGAUCUGGGUUAUGCCCCUUGCUGCCUCUUGCACUGACUUUCUUCCUCGUCCCCAAUGUCGGGAUGGAUGUCCAUUUCGGUGACGCUAGCUUCGAGGAAACAAAUGAAACUUCAGAUUAUCCAAUACAGCUGACAGCAGGUCAGCGAACUGGACAGGCUUCCGAAAAUUCCGAAAACCAGGAGUCGCUAUUCUCUCAUCAGAGGUCGAUAGCCGAUGGGAAGCCUGACGGAGUUUCAGAUUCGGGACAAUACGAUCAAAUGGAGCCAGACCCACACAAGGAAAAUGAGGAACUUCUCGAGAACGACGCUCCUCCCCAGCAACCGCAGCUCAGCCGCAUGCAAACUAUGGCCUCUAGUGAAGCCGACCACGUGGACAGCCAACCAGGAAUCUCUGUCGCUUCCUUCCGUGCGGCUCCAGAGUAA